AAAACUCUCUUUUGCUCUGACAAGUAGAAAAGAAAAAGUAAAGAAGAUAUACUCAAAAUGCUGGUCGGUUCGCAUCCGUAUUUAUGCAAUGGCGUCUCAGCCGUUGCGCCACCCAACAACAACAGCAACGCUGCAGCAACAGCAGCAGCAGCAGCAGGAGCAGCAGCAACAGCACAAACAACAACCACAACACAAACAACAACAGCCAAUAGCAAAAGUGCCGCCGGCUCCGCAACGGAUUUCUCCAUAGCGGCAAUCAUGGCACGCGAGGAUGCCUCCAGUCGCGAGUCCUCCAUUCGCAGCGCAAGUCCCAUUUCGAUUGAGGAUGAGGUCGAUGUGGAUGUUGUCGACUGCAGCGAUGCUGAGGAGCCGCCAACGAAGGCGCGUCGCUUGAACCACCACCACCAUCAUCAUCAUCAUCAUCAUCACAGUCACAGCAACAACAACAAUAAUAACAAUAAUAUCAGCAACCAUAACAACAACAACAACAAUAACAAUCACAGUGUGUCACACAUCAAGAGUCGCAAUAAUAAUAACAAUAAUAAUAAUAAUAAUGAAUCACAGCUGAACACAAGUUCAACUAGCAGCCAAGGACGCUGCUCGACGCCGCCACAAUCGCCCGGAACGGAGGACAGUGAGGAGCGUUUGACACCCGAACCGGUGCAGAAGGCACCCAAAAUUGUCGGCUCGUGUAAUUGUGAUGAUCUGAAGCCGGUGCAAUGCCAUUUGGAGACCAAAGAGCUGUGGGAUCGCUUUCACGAACUGGGCACCGAAAUGAUCAUCACCAAAACGGGAAGACGCAUGUUCCCCACGGUGCGCGUUUCGUUCUCGGGUCCGUUGCGUCAGAUUCAGCCGGCGGAUCGUUAUGCGGUGCUGCUGGACAUAAUACCGAUGGACUCGAAACGCUAUCGUUAUGCAUAUCAUCGGUCCGCGUGGCUGGUGGCUGGCAAGGCGGAUCCAGCGCCUCCGGCUCGCCUCUACUCCCAUCCCGACAGCCCCUUCAGCUGCGAGGCGCUGCGCAAACAAGUUAUCUCCUUCGAGAAGGUCAAGCUGACUAAUAACGAAAUGGAUAAGAACGGACAGAUUGUGCUCAAUUCGAUGCAUCGCUAUCAGCCAAGGAUUCAUUUGGUGCGCUUAUCGCAUGGCCAGAGCAUACCGAGCACGCCCAAGGAGCUGCAGGAGCUCGAUCACAAGACCUAUGUGUUCCCCGAGACGGUGUUCACGGCGGUGACUGCAUAUCAGAAUCAGCUGAUAACCAAAUUGAAAAUCGAUUCGAAUCCGUUUGCCAAAGGAUUUCGCGACUCCUCGCGCCUCACUGACUUUGAUCGGGAUCCGAUGGAGGCGCUGCUGUUGGAACAACAGCUGAGAUCUCCGUUGCGUCUGUUCCCGGAUCCGUUGAUGCAACAGUUUGCGGCACAGCAGGGCGCCGCCGAUCCCGCCUCGAUGGCGCUCUUCGAGAAGGCGCGCCAACAUCUGCAAAUGUUUGGCGGCAACUCGCCGUACGCGCAACUAAUGAUGCCCCAAAUGUAUCAGGCUGCCGCCCAAGCACCCCAUCCACCCCCCGGCCUGGGCGCCUUUCACAUGUUCCAGCAGCAAUGGCCGCAGCUAACCGCCGGCUUUCUGGCCAGCGCCAAUCAGCAGGCGGCAGCCGCCCAAGCUGCCGCUCAGGCGCAAGCGCAAGCUCAGGCAGCUGCGGCUGCUGCGGCUGCAGCAAUGGCCGCCAAUCGGACACCGCCGCCGCCGCCCACCGCCUCGACGCCGUCGUCGACGACCUCGUCGUCGGGAUCACCCUCGCCCGAUAUGCGACCCCGUCAAUAUCAGCGCUUCAGCCCGUAUCAGCUGCAGGCGCAGUCAGCGCCGCCUUCGCAGCAGCAGCAACAGCAGCAGUCGAUUCAGUCCGCAGCGGGUUCGCCCUCAGCGCACGCCUCGCGCAGCCCCGCCCACUAAAGCUGAAUGCCGACUCCCCCCAAAACACACACAAAAACAGUAUUAAUCCAAAAAAAAAAACAUAUGAAGAAAAAAAGUAAGGCUCGUUUUCUCAAUGUCAAAACUCUAAAAAAAAAUAUUUCCCAAAAUUUAAACUCAAUUUUGCUUUUGAGAAUAUUGCCAAAAAUUUGAGACUUCAAUUUGUCAUUGCUAGAAAUACUUGCUGCUUGCUUCAAAAUAUCAAAAGAAAAAAACAUUUUAUUUAUUUCUACUUUUCGUAAAUAAUUUAUUGUUUUUAAAUUGCAUUUUUCUUCGAUUUGUUUAGAAAUCCAUUGAGAAAACGGGCAUAAAUGUUGUAAAUUAUUUGUUAUAUUUCACACUCUCCUUCUCUCUUCAACUCUAUCACUCUCCCUCUCUAACUCGCUCUCUUUUGCAUUUUUGUUGUAAAAAUUAUGAAAAUUCUCCAACACAUGUACAGUCCCAAAACAAAUUUAGCAAAUUUUCUGUAUAUUAGUUAACAAAUUGUAUUGUAAAAAGUGUUUAAAUGUUGUUCGAAAACUCAUCUCAGUGUAAAGUUAAAAAACAAACAAACAAACAAAAUUUUCAAAAAUCAAAAA